CUGUGCGAGGGGGACUGUACCGUUGGUACCUAUCCAAACUACCCCCUUGGCAUGCUCCACGCCCGCCCCUGCUUGGUCGAGCAACUGCUCCACCGUGAUUUCAUGGCACAGCAAUUCACACAGCACUUCAGUUUGACUUUGCCACUCGCUCCGCUUUGUGUUUGUUACUUGAAAGGGGAACCUCCAGUCCUCGCUUCCAUUCGAUUCCAUUCGAUCCGAUCCGCCCACCUCAGUUCGUCGUCGGCGGUGUUCUCAGUGUUAUACCCUCUCCAUAGUCAACCCAUUGGGCUUGGAUCGUUACCAUGCGGCAUCUGUUGCUUCUAGCCGUAGUUUACGUGGCUCUGGUUUUGGCCAAGCCGGCGACGGAGGCGCCUCGUCUGCUCAUCGACUCGGCGCCAUCGGUGGUCUCCUACCAGGGUUCCUCGCAGGCCCAGACCCGCUUCGUCAUCGCGCCCAUGGGGCGAUCAUUGGGCUACGUGGAGCCCACCAACCUCAAUCGAACCUUUCACACGAAGGCAACACAGGAGGGUGGCGCCACCGGCUACGAGCAGCUCAAUCUGAGUCCGGUCUACGUGCCGGGUAGCUAGGCAAUGGAAUCCCAUAGUUUUAGUUAGUUAAAUGUGUAAAUAAAGGCAGCGUGUAUAACAGAAAAAAACUUCAUGUGUAAGU